UCCGUGGAGACCAGAUAUAGUGAAUGCAGGGUCCUGGGAGACCAGACAUAGUGAAUGCAGUGUCCGGGGAGACCAGAUAUAGUGAAUGCAGGAUCCUGGGAGACCAGAUAUAGUGAAUGCAGGGGUCCUGGGAGACCAGAUAUAGUGAAUGCAGGGUCCGGGGAGACCAGAUAUAGUGAAUGCAGGGUCCAUGGAGACCAGAUAUAGUGAAUGCAGGGUCCUGGGAGACCAGAUAUAGUGAAUGCUGGGUCCGGGGAGCCUGCAUUCACUAUAUCUGGUCUCCCUGGACCCUGCAUUCACUAUAUCUGGUCUCCAUGGACCUUGCAUUCACUAUAUCUGGUCUCCCACAGCACACAAAACAUGGAAAUGCAAUUAUUUUAGUAAAUACUAACUGCUAA